AUGACAGGAUGUUUGGUUGCGCUGCUCGCGUCUUCUACCUUGAAGGUCGAUCAUGAUUCCGGUGCAUUACUCAUACAUGGCAGCUUCGUUGUUCUAGAGAGAAACCCGAAUGCAAAAACUGCUGCGCUUGGACGAGUGAUUGCACAUAUUCCCGGGACCUAUCUGAAAGAGUGCAUGACCAGACUGUCAAGUAGCGCCCACAGAGAAACCCCAGCAGCCAAUCCAAUUCCGGAACAAUCUGGUCAGCAUGGAGACCUAAGUCCCGGGUACGCAGUCUUUCAGAGUCGCUCGGACGCACAAACAAGUCAGGAUCAGCGGCAAGAAUUCGGCAAUGACACUCUCUCUAAUAGCAUUACCUCCACCUUUUCCCACACCCGGGACGUGCUUGACUGCAAUCAAAUACGCCAGAAUCUUACAGAUAUCACAAACCAAGGCACUGGCAUGCUUUCUGAUCUCUAUGACCAAUUCAAAAUCUCGACUUAUGACUACGAUAAGAUCAGAGCUGCGGUCAGAGUGACGAGGCGAGAGCAUGAAGCCUUUUUUGUUCCGUCCGAGCCAGUUGGACAGAUGUUUAUUCAAUGUUUUCUCAAAGCAGUCGACCGAGGAUAUCCUCUCAUCAGCCGGCCUCCCCAAGAGAUAUUGCUCGACUUGGUCUUUCGUCCCUCGUCCGUGGACAAGCGAGGUUGCGUGUUGAUGUUGAACACCAUACUUGCAACGGCCUCGACACAAACUCAGCAAUUGUCUGAAUAUACCUUCCAUUUGCGCUGGAACGCUUGGUUAGCUGCGGAGGAGGCCAGUCUCUUUAUGGAACCAACCAUACCCAACAUACAGGCAUUAACCGUCUUCGCCGUCCACGGACAGGAUCUCGUGACGCCUAGCCUUUGUUGGAAUCUGACAAGCCAGGCCUGUCGGAUGGCCCAGAUGGUCAAGCUUCCACUUCCAUCGGCAUCUGCGACGAAGGAUAGCGAGCUAUAUUCUCGCAACCUCUGCCUCUUCUGGAGCCUCUUCAUCAUUGACAAAACAUUGUCGCUCUCCUUCGGAUGCCCGCCAAUGUUGCCUUCUGCGUUAUAUCACAACGUCGAGCUUCCUUCUCCUCGCCAGCUCUCAGCAUAUAGGCCCCAUCUAGGCACCUCAGACGUCGGAACGAAUCUUCCACCCCAUGUGGAGUUCUUUGGUGCUUUCUAUUUUGUGCAAUGCACGAAACUUGCAAUGAUCAUGGGCGACAUCUCGGAUUUCUAUCUAAUCGGCAGACAUGACUCAAGCCGCCAGUCGAAUCUCACGAAGCAACUCGAUCAAUGGAUAUAUGUCGUCCAACAGACUCAAGCAAUGCAUACCAAUCUGGCAGAUGCAACCGACCCUGCCAGGGUCUCUAUCCGGAUCGGUUUCAGCUUCCUGAGCUACCAAUACCACCAUUUAAUUGUCUGCCUAACGAGAGGUGACAAAGAUUGUCGUGAAACGUGCCUUGGCUCUGCGAGAGCAGCGAUCUUGCUGCUGAAAGGCCUAGUUGCCCAUUCUGAAGAAGUAUUCAAUGGCAUUGUCUGGUAUAUCUGGCAACAAUUGUAUUGUCCUUUCACUCCGUUCUUCGUGCUCUUUGGUGAAGUCAUCACCAAUCCGACUGCAAAGACUAGUGUCGAAGACUUGCAGUUGCUCCGGCAAACAGUGCUAUACUUUCUCGAGUUCCAAAAGUACCAUGCUUCUGCAGUAAAGCUUGAGAAAGUGGCAGAAACCUUUACAAAGAUUGCCGAAGCCUAUGUCCGCCACAUCUUCAGAAAGCAAAGCGCCCCGACCAGCAGCGAGCAUUUUCGUAUGAAGAAGACGGUUAUCCUCCCGGCCCAGCCUGGAGGUGGUCACUCAACCACCUUACCUUUCUCGAACUCUACAAGCCCAGCUAUGCAGCAUGGAGAUACGAACUCCACUAGCUCCAAUAUUGGGGUAGCUGACCAGAUGGACUACCAGCUUCGGUUAGACGAGACAAGCAGCUUCGACCCUACAUCACUCCUGCAGCUCUUUUCUUAUCAAGGGGAUGAAUCCAACACCUUCCGAGCCUUCCAUUUCACAGAUGUCCAACCGGACAGUAUGCAAGGGCUACAGGAGCAUGGGGCGGAUAUUCACAAUGGCCGAGCUCUCGAAAACUGGCAAACCCCCGAGUUAGGUCAGUAUGUGUCACUCCAUGACGUCGAAAUGAACGGAAGGAACCAAUUUUCGCAAUGCACAUUCGACUGGUUCGCGCUCGAGAAGUACGCAAUGUAG